GUCAGUUUCAAAAAGACUUUUUGCCCACUAUUUUUUUAUUUUUUGUAUUAAAAACUCCCAAAAAUACAAAAAUGAAUAGGAUUCCAGGCAUCAAUGACGAUAUCCAUUUAAAUUUCAUCACAGACAGUGGUUUGGCAGAUUUAAUGAAUCAUGCUCAGAAGCUUUUACAGAACAAGAAACUAAUUCAAGCAUUACCUGAUAACGGACGACAUAUACGAAGUCGAUUAGAAAAGCUGUUGCUGGAAGCUCACCAAAGACGAUUCUGGAUUUGUCUAGAAGAACUACACAGUAUUUUUGAAUAUAAUGCAAAGAGAAGAGAAUAUGUGGAACGGUGGAUGAGAAAUUUCGAUGUAAACAAUCAGGAAGAAAUAGAACUGGAUAAAAUAACCCAAGACUGUAAAAGAUCACGCUCACUACCUAGGUAUAUCCCGAACUACUACCAUUACACUGUAUGUAGACCUAGUCGGUGAGUCCAGUUGAUGUAACACCUACCUACAUAUAUGAAAUGAUGGAAUGAAAUGAAAUAUGACUGCACAUCUGAACUGUGAACCUCAACCAAGAAAAUCGUUAGUCAAAACGUUCCUGCACUCAAUAACUCUGCUUCUGCUAAAUGUUGUAGUGUUAUCAUUUCCUCCAAAGACCUCACAGAGGAUCGGAGACAACUUGGGCAGCAACAUUUUGGAAAAGAAGUGGAUUAAUUUUAAGCUAGUACCAUAACGAAGAGGUUCAAGCUUUAGAAGUCCAAGAACCAGUCCAGAAUUCCUCCUGAAGCAAAAUAAAAUAAUAUAAUUUUUGUUAUAUAGUUACGUUAUUAAUAAUAAACACA